UGGGAGUUCUGAAUGAGUCUCCCUCAUCCCCAUUGGUGUCAUGGCUGCGGUGUCCCCCCUUCUCCCAGUGCUGUCCCCAGAGCCCAGCAGCAGGCAGCCAGGAGCUGGCUGCUCUCACUCACGCUGGGUGGUCUCAGUGCCAUUGAUUGCUGUUUGCAGUUGUGUUGAGAAAGCUUUGUGGCUCCGCUCCCCAGGAAACAAGGAGCUGGGUGCUCUAUGGUCUGUAGCAGUUAUGGAGGGAGGAGGCCCUUGGGCGACCUUACCUGGCUGUCAUCUCCUUGCUGCUUCUCCUAUGAUGCUCUAGCUCACCCACGGUGUCACACACUGUACUGCCGUGUCUUCACUGACCCCAAGAUGACAUUGUGACUGCUUUGGGGCUGGGCUGGUGGCACUGGGGACACAACAGUGGCUUGGCUCAGGCUGGUGUCCUGAGGUGCCUGCCUAGGCUCUCCAUUGCCCCAGUGCUGGGCCACCCUGCGAGCACACACCUGGCAUGGGAGCUCGCGAGCUCCAGUGAUCGCCUGCUGCCUGAGCGGGAGCGCCGGGGUUUGAUCUGUAUUAUUGUAGAUUUAAAAAAAUGUGAUUGCUCUUUCCCAGUUCCUAUGUUUCCUGAGAGCGGUCUAGUUUCCUAGCUUAUCUUCAGACAGCCUCAGGGGUAUUCCCUGGGAGUUUGGGAGUUUAAUCAGGCAUUGCUGGGGCAUGUGAACUCUGCGUAUAGUGGCUGUUCCCAUGGAGGGGAGAGCCUCUUGCAGAUAUUUAGGUUGGCGUGCCUGUGCUGGGGGCUGGGCCUGGCUGGGAAUGCGCGGCUCCUUUCCGGGGAGGGGACAGGGAGCGCAGGGUGACGGCCGCCUGGCCGGGAGUAGCUCGUGGGCCGGGCACGGGGGCUCUGCGGGCUGCCCCCUGCAGCGGAGCUCACGGGAGGGAGCGGCCGCACUGACGGUAUUGGCUGCUUCUGUGUCUCAGCCAGGCAGCGCUCGUGCCCUCCAGCCCUGGCUCUGCCACCUGCGUCCUUUCUUCCUAGCCGCCGAGUUUGUGUCAGAGCAUCCCGGGUGGGGCUCUCCAUCUCCCCCAGCCCCCUGCCCUCCUCCAGCUCCAUGCCCCCCAGCCCUCACUUCGCUGCUUGUUCUGGUUUGGGUGAUUUUUAAUUGCGCUGCUAAGGGCAGGCAAUCAGGAGCUGCGUGGAAAUGACCGAUAGGCGAGAUGUUGGGCUCUGCUUUGCUGGUGAAAUCGAGGGCUUUUGUUGCUGGCUGUUUAGCAGGCAGUAUUUCUUUUUAGGCUGGAUAUAUUCCUGGCAAGAAAAAUGAUGGAUGCUCUGUUUCGUUUCCAGUGGCAGUGUUUCAGAUUCCUUGCUCCAGGGCAGAAGCUGAGCUAACUCCGAUUCCGGAGCAGCUCUGGUACCUUGGCAGCUUAAAGGCCACGGGGUUGCUUGAAUGACAAGUGGCACUGAGCACAGGGAAGGCUCGGGAGAGUCGGUUUUGUGCAGCGUGCCCUCGAUCUCUUGCAGGAAGCGGGGCGGGAGGAGUGAGAGCCCACUGAGCGGGGAGGGAGCCUUUCAUUGUCUUAGUGCUUUGCAGGCAGAACGUGUGGCGUUGGAAAGCGAGCCCGACGCACAAAGGAGCGGAGCGCUGUGCCUUCCCAGCGAGCGGGGCUGCGCUGCGUGUCACUGCCGAGGCAGCUGGAGCCGUAUGUUUUGUAUCAGAGCCGCGGAGUAUGUCUCUGCACUGAAACUGUGCUGAAGACCUUUGCGGCCGAGCUGGGAGGACCCGCCCCGUUCAUGAGCGCUCCCGUGUGAGCUUUGUCCGGUGGCCGGUGUGUCGGUGCUGCAAGAAGGGCUUCGGGGGUCUUCUGCUUGGGCUUUGGGGUGCUUUUUUUUGGUUUGGUUUUGUUGUUCUGCUCCGUGCACCAUGUCGAAUUCGGGCUCUCAUCAAGACACUGGGAACAAGCCAGAGACGGAAAAAAAUAAUCAAGAUGACUCUCAUCCCCCUGUCAGCUCAGAGAGGAGGAACAAAAGUGGAAUAAUAAGUGAACCUUUGAACAAAAGUCUUAAGAAGUCCCGUCCGCUUUCCCACUAUUCCACCUUUGGUAGCAGCAGCUCGGUAAGCGAACAUUCAGAGAAAGGCAACCCCUUAACUAAUGGCAACGAAGCAACUGUGGAUAAAAGUAAUUCUACCUCAAAGCACAAAAACAUCUCUAGUAUGCUGAGCAAAUUAGACAGGGUGGCAGAAAUCUCCUCAGAAGGACAGAAUGCCCUACAACAGUUUGCUCAGUCGACAGAAAUGCUCAAAAGAGUGGUACAGGAGCAUAUUCCUCUAGCAAGCGACCAUGGGACUGGUAUCUCUGAUAUGGAGGCAGUCUCAGCUGCAGAGACAAUGAACAGCCCCUCUGAUUUUCCUUACCUGGGGGCUUUUCCCAUCAACCCAGGCCUUUUCAUUAUGACCCCUGCUGGCGUGUUUCUGGCAGAGAGCGCGCUCCAUAUGGCUGGCUUGGCAGAGUAUCCAAUGCAGAAUGAAUUGGCAUCUGCCAUCAAUUCGGGAAAAAAGAAACGGAAAAGAUGUGGCAUGUGCCCGCCCUGCCGAAGACGGAUAAACUGCGAGCAGUGCAGCAGUUGUAGGAAUCGCAAAACUGGCCACCAGAUUUGCAAAUUCCGAAAAUGUGAAGAACUCAAAAAGAAGCCUUCUGCAGCACUGGAGGUGAUGCUUCCUACAGGAGCUGCGUUCAGAUGGUUUCAGUAGGAACGGGAAUCCCAAAGCUCUGUCAUCCAAGUGCAAUGUCACUGCUUGCUUGUGUUGUCUCAGGCAAGGGAUUUUGGCUGAAAUGAAUGGAUGCACCUGUGUCUCUUUAGAACCAAAAAUAUUUUCUCGCAAAUUUCAUUCCUGUUUUUAUAAUUUUUUUUUUGCGUUUGUUUAACAUCUUCGAGUCCUAGUCAGACAUUUAACUGCUUUUCAAAUAAAAUAAUUAAAAGAAAAAAACAAUGGAUCUGUAAAGUACCAAGACUUAAUAGACAGAGUAUGGACAAUCAGUUUCUUUCUGUGUUUUGGUGUUGAUGUUGUUUAUGUGUGAAAGAUGCAGUACUUGUGUAGGGAAUGUAAAUUUACAGUAACCUUUUAAAAUCUAGUUACUAAUAAGCACUACUGUAAUUUAGCACAGUUGUUUAAUUGCACCCUCAUUUAUACUUUUUAUUUGAUUCUUUCCCGUCAUACAAUAGAGUGGAUAGUUUCUAGAAUGCCUCGACUUCAUGUUUAUAAAUGAGAAUAUGUUUAAAGCGAUGUAGUACCCCUCUCCUCGCCAUUCACCUGCGUACGUUUAACCAGCAAGAGGUUUGGAAUAAAGGAUGGAAGGAAACAAUUGCUGCAAAAAUGGCGGUCUUCGAAAAAGGAGAAAAGAAUUUAAAAAAGAAAAAAAAAAAAAGGAAAAAAUUGUCAUUGUUAGUUUAUUAAUAUAGAACAAGAAAUACCGCGUACAGAAAAACUCCUAAUUGCAAUGGUUUACUCCUAGAAGCAAUUUUUGUAAACUUACUGAAGUUAAAAUCAAAAUAAAAACAAUAUUGCAGGACCUGUGCUGAAGCAGUUACGAAAAGUGAUAUUUCUCUUCUGUUCAAAUCCCCGUCUCCAGCUCUCUACAUCAUUAAAUUGAAAUGCUGUUUGUAAUGUUUUAGCGAUCCAGGCUGUUUUUGUGAAUAAAAUGAAUGCAUGUUUUGUGUCA